UGGGCACUUUUGCACAGUCCUUAAUAUUGACAUUACAAGUGGAUUGUUAUUAUUAUGUAAUACUGGGAUGCAGAUAAAGGUCACCAGUACUGUAUCACUCGGAGGAUGCGUCAACUCCACCUCAUCAUUCUCAGCUGGAGCAGCUGAUGGAGGGGGUCCGGAAUUAAAAUCUGUUUAUGAAUUCAUCCUGAAGCCACAAAUCAAUCUGAGGAGAUUUGAUGAGAUAAUUAAAAGGACAAAAUUAAAAGCGCCAAAUGAGAGAUUUCGAUUUCAACUUUGGCAGUCUCUUUAUGAUCAUGGAUCCCUUUCAAUACGAUGUGAAGUAGACCCUGGGGUCUUUGAUGGGGGUGUGUGAGGGAUUGAGUACCCAGGGGGUAAAUCAAUUUGAAUGCCUGAUGAUGUAAGUCUCCGUGUGCUUUCCUCAUAUUCUUUUCCCAAUUUCCCUUCUGUGGCAA